AUGACAUCCCUACACUACGGCCUCACUCCCUCGGCGCUGGCAGCGCGCUUGUUGGAUGUGAUUCACGACUCGAUCAUCCCGCUCACCACCGCGGGCGUCUCUCGCGGGUGCAAAGUGUUCGGCGCGGCGAUCCUUUCCAAGUCCACCCUCUCGGUCGUUGUAGCCGCGACGAACGAUGAGCUGACCUCGCCGCUCUUUCAUGGAGAAGUGACGACGCUGCUCGAAUUCCACAAACUCAACUCGUCCUUGCCCGUCCAAGAGCGCAUUGAUCCUCGAGACUGCGUGUUUGUCUCGACGCACGAGCCUUGCUCGCUGUGCCUUAGUGCGAUUACAUGGAGUGGGUUUGAUAACUUUUACUAUCUUUUCACGUACGAGGAUACGCGCAAGACGUUCGCCAUCCCGCACGACAUCAAUAUCCUCCAACAGGUCUUCCAAACGCAUAAAGAGGAUCCAGACGACGCCCCGCUGUACAAUGCCACCAACGACUUUUGGUCCAGCUGGUCCAUCGCUCAACUCAUCACCCAGUCUCAAGAGCCCCAACAGUCACAGCUGCAAAAGCACAUGCAAGACGUCAAGGCCGAGUACAAUGCGCUGUCGGAUCAAUACCAGCAGUCCAAGGCCACACAGGCACCUUCACAAAUCCCACUCAACUAA